AUGAAGAAGAGGGGCAUAGAAGAUAUGGAGCUGGUCAUGGUUGAUGCCUGGGGUGUUGGUUAUUAUAGUGCUGCUGAUGGUCCACAGCGAAGACCACUGAUAUUCUGUAGAACUCAGAGUAAGCGUCCAAUGGAAAAUGGUUAUGCACGCCCUGUGGAAGGCCUCUAUAUACUUGUUGAUAUGCAAAAUAUGGCCGUCAUAGAGUUUGAAGACCGCAAGCUUGUUCCCCUACCUCCAGCUGAUCAAUUGAGGAACUUCACUCCUGGUGAAACAAGAGGCGGCGUUGAUCGAAGAGACGUGACGCCUUUACAAAUUCUUCAGCCCCAAGGUCCAAGCUUUCGUGUGAAUGGCUACUUUGUGGAGUGGCAGAAGUGGAAUUUUCGUAUCGGGUUCACUCCGAGGGAGGGACUGGUUUUAUAUUCUGUUGCAUAUGUUGAUGGUAGUAGAGGAAGAAGGCCUGUAGCUCACAGAAAAAAUGCUUUUGAUGCUGGAGAAGAUGGCCUUGGUAAAAAUGCACAUUCUCUAAGAAAGGAGGCGUUGAAACAAUUGAGAAUUGAGUUUGUCUGCACGAAGAGGAUCAUGGGAUUCUGUGGAAGCACCAGGACUCGAGAUCAGGGCUUAGCUCAAGUGCGCAGGUCAAGAAGGCUAACAGUGUCUUUUAUGUGCACUGUGGCUAACUAUGAGUAUGGAUUCUUCUGGCACUUCUACCAGGCAACUUAUUGGUUGCCAAGCAAGUCAUUGCGUUGGUUUUUGCAGGAUGGAACAAUUGAAGCUGAAGCUAAACUCACAGGAAUUCUCAGCUUAGAAGCAUUGCAACCUGGAGAAGUUCGAAAAUACGGUACUGUUCUGGAGGUGAAUGUUAAAGCAGAGCAAUCUGGGGAGAAAACUAAUGUCCACCACAAUGCAUUUUAUGCUGAAGAGACACUUCUCAGAACUGAAAUGCAGGCAAUGCGUGACUGCAAUCCUUCGACUUCUCGCCAUUGGAUUGUAAGGAACGCGAGAAGCGUUAAUAGGACUGGAGAGUUGACAGGCUACAUGCUGGUGCCUGGUUGA